AUGGACAGCACACCGAAGUGCCAGCUGUGCAACCGACCCGAAGAAGAGCAAGCCACGAUGGAAAAAUGCUGCUUGUGUACGAAAUGGGAGCAUGCUGAGUGUGCAGGACUGUUCGUGGAGAUGAAAGAUCCAGCAUCGAGGUAUGUAUGCUCGAAGUGCAAAGUGAAGCAGGAAACCACAGCUGCUAAAUUUCGUGACGAUCGGGACACAGCCAGUUUAAAGCCUUCAGUGCGGUCCAAGAAAGGGUCAGUGGCUUCUACUAAAAGGAGCAAGAGGAUUGCGCAAGGAAGUGUACCUUCCACUCUUCUCUCAGUGAACGUGAAAGAGCAGCUUAAGCUGGUUGAAGAAGAAAAACGUUUAAGAGAACGCGAAAUAGAAGAGAAGCGAGAGCUGAAACGCCGCGAGAAUGCAGAGUUAGCCCGCCAACUAGAAGAAAAGAGAAAGCUGGCUGAGGAAGAAAGUCUUCUUCGGGAGAGAGAGCUUAAAGCCGAAGCGGAGAUGAAUGCUCUCGAAAACAGCGUACGUCGUGAAUCACUCGAGAAAAAGCGCGUGCUGCUGUUGCAACAAUCUCGCGCCAGCAACCUGGGUUCACAGGAGAGCUAUAGUGAGAAGGUAGUGUGCUGGCUUAGAAAGAGUGAAGAAACGCCUGGAGAAAAGGAAAGGGAGAAAGCUGUCGCUUGCGCCAGCUCGAUGCUAACGAAUUUACAGCCCUUUGUAACAUCGAGUGCCAGAAAGAGAACGAACGAAAAUACCAUGGUGGAGGAACGAGUGAAAGAACAAUUGGAUCUAUCAGGGAGACAGAUAGCCGCACGUCACGUACUUGGUAAAGAAGUUUCCUACUUUAGUGGUGACCCGGAAGAUUGGCCGCUAUUUUUUAGUACCUUCGAAGAAACAUCGCAAACUUGUGGGUUUAGUAAUGCGGAAAAUUUAAUACGGCUACAAAGAUGCCUCGAAGGAAACGCGCUCGAGCUAGUGAAAGAUCAACUUACUUUGAAAGAGAAUGUGCCCGAUAUACUCGAAACGCUCAAAAUGAUAUAUGGUAAACCGAGCCUACUUAUUCGUUCGCUCCUUAACUCCGCUACAUGUCACCGCCGAGACCGGAUAGAAUGAGAACAGUGAUAGAAUUUGGUUUAUCGGUAAGAGCUCUUACUAAUCAUAUGAAAGCAGCUAAACUAAACGCGCAUCUAAAUAACCCAACUCUAUUGGAAGAGCUCGAAGAAAAAUUACCAGGUGAUAUGAAGUUGAAUUGGGCCGCCUAUCAAGAAGAGAAGGCAAUAGAAGGACUAGAAGGCUUUAGUAAUUAUGUCUCACAACUGGCAAAACGUGCAUGUGCAGUUACGAAUGACCUACACGAAAUAACUAGAAUAGGAGAAAGAAGAAAAAAACAUACGGUCGCCUUAAACACACACGUAAGAAUGAAUGUUGAAGAUGAAACACCAAACGAAAGGUCAACGUCCUCAUAUCGUCCUCCUAGUGCAACACAAAGGAGACAAUGUGCAGUAUGCCAACGUGAAGGUCAUCGUGUUUACGAAUGCGAGCAGUUAAAAGCCGCCAAUGUGGAUGAACGUUGGAAAUUUAUAAAUACCAAGUCACUAUGCAGGACGUGUCUAAAUAACCAUGGUAAAUGGCCUUGUAAAUCCUGGCAAGGUUGCGGGGUGGAUGGAUGUCGCCUGAAGCACCACCAGUUGCUCCAUCCAACAGUAGCAACCGAUGAAGCCGUAAGCGCAUGCGCAUCACACACAAAUGAGGUAAAUGCUAUAAGUCCAUUAUUCACAAUACUACCCGUUACCCUGCACCAUGAUAACACUUCACUAACAAUUUAUGCUUUCGUAGAUGAGGGUUCGUCAUACUCAUUAAUCGAUGAAACGAUAGCCCAAAAGUUGAACGUGCAUGGCAAAAAAACACCAUUGACCCUACAGUGGACAGGACAAGUGACAAGGAAAGAGCCCGGCUCAGAAAUAAUAUGCCUGCAAAUAUCCGGGAGAGAUAAAAACAUUAAGUACGGACUGGAAAACGUGAGAACAGUCAGCCAACUUAUGCUUCCAACACAAACGCUAAAAUAUGACGUACUACAAGAACGAUACUCGCACUUGAAAGGGCUACCACUGCAGAAUUACACACGCGCACAACCUCAACUGUUGAUCGGAUUGGACUAUAUCCGGCUUGGUGUGCCAUUGAAAAUUCGCGAAGGACGGCCACCCGAGCCAAUCGCUGCGCUAUGUCGACUAGGUUGGUCGAUCUACGGAGGAAGUGCAAAAAACAAGGCACCAGCAGCGAUAGUAAACUUUCAUGUUGCACCCCAGUCAGAUUGUACCAAAGAAGUCAACGACAUGUUGCGAGACUACUUCACGGUAGAGGAUUACUGCACGAAAGUUACAAAUGAGAAACUGGACACAGAAGAAGAAAGACGAGCGAAUCGCAUAUUAAAAGAAACAACAAAACGCGUCGAGCAAGGUAAUCGCUUCGAAACAGGGCUGCUUUGGAAUUCUGACUCCAAAUUUCCCCGAUAGCUACCCUAUGGCAGUUAAACGAAUGCAAGCACUAGAAAGAAAGUUCGCACAAAUGCCGGCACUUGAGGAAAAGGUACGGUAAACUAUAUCAUAAUACGAAGCAAAGGGAUACGCACACAAAGCUAGCCUAGAAGAACUUUCAUCUCAGGCAGUUGAAAAAAUAUGGUAUCUGCCAUUGGGGGUUGUACAAAAUCCAAAGAAGCCAGGCAAGAUAAGGUUGAUCUGGGAUGCAGCAGCAAAAGUUGCAGGAGUAUCAUUCAAUCUAAGAAUGCUGAAAGGGCCGGAUCUUCUGGCCCCGCUGCCACAGAUCUUAUGUCAGUUUCGACAAUUUCCAGUAGCAGUGUCGGGGGAUAUAAUGGAGAUGUUCCAUCAAAUCCGGAUUCGUCACCCUGAUCGCCAAUCACAGCGCUUCGUAUAACGCAAAAGCCCUUCAAAUCCGAUACAAAUAUAUGUAAUGGACGUGGCGACGUUCGGUUCUACGUGCUCUCCCGCCGUGGCCCAGUACGUGAAAAAUCUAAAUGCAAAGGAAUACUCAACAGAAUUUCCACGGGCUGCUAACGCAACCAUAAAAAACCACUACGUAGACGACUAUUUGCAGAGCUUCAAGACAGUAGACGAAGCAAUACAAAUCGUGAAAGAAGUUAGUCUCGUACACUCUAAGGGCGGUUUCACACUUCGUCGAUUCAUGUCCAACUCGACAGAAGUACUAAAAAGCGUCGGAGACUCAGCGGAAGAAACGUCAAAGGAUCUUAUGCUAGAACGAGGAGAAAACACGGGGUCAGUCUUAGGAAUGAAAUGGAAGACAGGCGAAAAUGCCUUCACAUUCUCCUUCUCCUCCAACGAAAGUGUCCAGCAUAUUCUCCGUGAAGACCAUAUUCCCUCAAAAAGAGAAGUGUUGAAAGUCGUAAUGAGCCUAUUUGAUCCUAUGGGACUUAUAUCCUUCUUCCUGGUCCAUGGGAAAACCCUCAUUCAGGAAGUAUGGAUAAGAGGCAACGAUUGGGAUGAUCAAAUACCGGUCGAUAUAUACAAACGAUGGCGAGAGUGGACAAAUCUACUUCCACAACUAGAUAAACUACGCAUACCAAGAUGCUAUUGACAAUCCCCUUACCAUAGAAAUAUCGAUGACAUACAGCUGCAUGUCUUCGUAGAUCCAAGCGAAACCGCGUAAUGCGCUGUGGCGUAUUUUCGAAUAGAGACCGAAGGAUCGAUCCAACUUGGACUAAUAGGUGGUAUAACUAAAGUGGCCCCCCUUAAGACGAUAUCCAUCCCCCAGGACAAUCGCAUGGCAAUCGGAUUGAACGCGCAACAUUUUCCAUACAAUCCGCAGUGUUGCGUUUUCUUCGCGCCAACUUUGCCUGUAUUUUCAAUGAGCCAAGCGAUUUUACCCCCUCCUACACGCGUUGUAUCCUUCAGUACGCUUGUCGCGGCAACGUUCACCACAUACACACACAUCUCCACACUCAGCGUACGACAUCUUCCCUGUUGCUGUUCUGGACUCAGACAAAAUUUGUGUUUCUACACUUAUUGUUCAAAAAAGUAGUAGCUCCUAGGAUCUGACUUUACAAACAAAUAUCAAAAUUUUAUGUUCUGCUAAUGAUAUUGUGGAAGCGUUACCAAGUCGGUUGUUGAGCGUGGAUUUAAAAAAGUAUAUUUUUCGACUAAUUUAAAAUAUUCACACUUUUUUACAAAUCUUCGACUUGUCCCUUUGGUGGAUUUUCUGCUUCUCCUUGCAUGCCCUUAUUUGGGUAGGAAUCAGCGCGCGCUGUCCCGAUUCCCGAUCUUCGAUCGUUGACCUGGCGCGCGAACCCUGACCGCUCCGAACAUUUCUUUUAUCUCUCUCUCUCUCUCUCUCUAGCUCUGUUUGGUGUUUUAUGGCACCGUCGAUCAGCUUAUCGUUCUAAUCGAUAAGCGCACCUGCCUUUAUAAUUAUCUCGCAUUUGUUAUUGCUCUUAUGUCAACAUACAGACGUGUCAACAGAUAUUGCACUGAAUUUAAUUGCACUACAUUAAGUUUUUACAUAUCUUUCGUAAAAGUUCGUCAGAGUAUGAAAAUGUCGAUACAAUUUGUCAUGAAUAACUUAAAUUUCAAGAUUUUCGCGCAUAAAAUUAUGACGCGCGCUGUGUGUGCGGCGGCGUAAUUCGCUACUCGUAUAGCCGUCUCGCUUCUUCUUGUGUGUGCUUUACCGUUGCUCACCGCUUCAAGAACAUUGCUGCUCACACACACGUCAGUCUGUGGCAAACAAUUGGAGGGGGAGGAUGUGUCGGUUUGCUCCAGAAAUCGUGUGUGAUUUUGGUGUUCUGGAUUUGGUUCCAUCGCUGUUUGUUUUGGUGAAUUUGAAAAGGUAAGAAUCAUCAACAGAUGUAAAAGUGUGAGAGUAAGAUGAUGCUGAUGGUGACUGAUGCUUUUCUUUGUUUCUUUUCCUGCUUUCAUCCACUGAUGGCGUCGAGCAUCGCCGAGGAUGUGAUCGAAUGCGGAAUAUUCUAAACGAGGAGCUUCAUUCCGUAUUUUGUUUGCAAUAAGCGCUGAACUCAUCCUCCAGCUUACAACGAACGGUCAACGGAUGAGGAAGGAGAGGAGGGACGGCAAAGGUACACGCACAAACGUGCACACAUCAGCCUUCUCGGAGAACGAGAACACGGGAGGGGGAGACCGGCAACGUAUAGAACCUUUACGCUCCCUCGUGCGUUCGUGCGUGCGUGCGCGCGCGCGUCUAUGUGUGUGUAUGUGUGUGCAUGCCUGCGUGCGUGGCUGUGUGUGUUUUUGCCGCUUCGCAUAACGAGAUCCUACGGGAUCACCUUGCGAAAAACACCAAGAGAGGGGGAGGGGUAGGUAUGUGUGUAUGUGUGUGUGUAUGUGUGCUUACAUGCGUGCGUGGCUGUGUAUGUGUGUGUAUGUGUGCUUUUGCUGUUUGGCGAUCUCCUACGGAAUCACCUUGCGAAAACACGUGGGGGGGGGAGGAGGAGUGAGGUGUGUGUGUGCUUGCCUGCGUGCUUUGUGUGUGUGUUUUUGCGUUCACGUUCUACGGGAUCACUUUGCGAAAAACACCAAGGGGAGGAGGAGGUGUGUGUGUGUGUGUGUGUGUAUGUAUUUUUUUCUUUGCCGAUUCGCACUCUCUCGCGGAUCUAGUUGUGUGCGUUAGUUUUUUUUUUAGUUUCUUCGAAAAAUACCUGGGGGAGGAUGUGUGUAUGAAAGAAUUUACUUCAGACAAGAAAGUGAAAAAUAAAAAACGAAUAUGAAAUAUGUUAAACGAA